UAUAGGCUGGAGGAUUUAAGCGGGCCCGCCGUAAGGAUGAGGGCUUUCCGAGACUGAUUGAUUUCAAAACUUGACGGGUUUCGAGUUUCACAGGACCUAACGGCGGGGUUGCUGCACGCGUCUGUGUGGACGGAGAUGAACUCUGAGGUGGAUUACGGAGGCUCCGGGAGCAGCGGGAACGGAAAGCUGCGCCAGUGGCUCAUCGAGCAGGUGGACUGCGGGAAAUAUCCCGGGCUGGUGUGGGAGAACGACGAGAAGACCAUCUUCAGGAUACCGUGGAAACACGCCGGGAAGCAGGACUACAACCGGGAUGAGGAUGCCGCGCUUUUCAAGGCCUGGGCGCUGUUUAAGGGCAAGUUUCGGGAGGGGAUCGACAAGCCGGACCCGCCGACCUGGAAGACGCGCCUCCGCUGCGCCCUCAACAAGAGCAACGACUUCGAGGAGCUCGUGGACAGGAGCCAGCUGGACAUCUCGGACCCGUACAAGGUCUACCGCAUCAUCCCCGAGGGCGCCAAGAAAAGACCCCGGCAGGAGGACAGUCCCCUGAGUCCGAUGAGCUAUCAGGUGCACUCCUACCCUGCACUGCAGACCCAGAUGCCGCAGUACAUGGCCACGCCAGAAUGUGGCUGGAGAGACUACUGCCAGGAGCAGUCCCCGCUGCCGGAGCUGCCCUUCACCCAGUGUCCCUGUCCCCCCCGCAGCCUGCCCUGGCAGGGCCCGUCCAUGGAGAACGGAUACCAGCUCAGAGCCUCAAUUUACUCGUACGGCCCUGCUGACAGCCAGCCCCCGCCUUUCACGCUGGACGCCAGCAUCAGAUCAGCAGAGGCGCUCUCAGACUUCCGCCUGCAUGUGUCUAUAUAUUUCCGGGACAGUCUGGUGAGGGAGGUGACCACUUCCAGUCCGGAGGGGUGCCACAUCACCCCGUGCUCCCCAGAGGAGAAGCACUACCUGCCGCCAGGAGGUCCUGAGGUGAUCCCCCUGCCCGUGGACAGCCUCUCGGCCCAGAGGAGGGCAGAGGAGUGUCCCCCGAGCCCCCCGUCCACCCUGGAGAGGGGAGUGCUACUGUGGAUGGGUGCGGAUGGACUCUACGCUCGAAGGCUGUGUCAGAGCAGAGUGUACUGGCAGGGAGGACUGUCCCCGUACGGAGACAAGCCCAACAAGCUGGAGAGAGAGGUCCCGUGCAAACUCCUGCACACCCAGGACUACCUCACAGAGAUCCAGAGUUACGGGCUCCAUGGUCGGCCGCUGCCUCGUUUCCAGGUCCUGCUGAGUUUCGGAGACGAGUGUCUGGACCCGCAGAGACAAAGACGGACCCUCACUGUCCAGGUGGAGCCGCUGUUCGCCAGGCAGCUCCUGUACUACGCCCAGCAGACGGGCGGCCACUACUACCGCAGCUACGAGCACCCGGGGGUCACGGACCACAUAAACACCUCGGAGGACUACCAGAGGGCCAUCACACACCACCACAGCAGCAGCAUGCAGGAGUGAACCGUGUGGGUUCAAGUGACUGUUGAAAACCUCCAGGUGCAGCAAUGGCUCUUCACACGGGCGAUGAGGAAACCCCCGAGACGGGAGGGGGGAAAGUUGGGACGGUUUUAUACGUAAAAUGAUGGACACGUAGUGACAGAGCCCAGCAGGGCCUGUGUGUGGUUGAAAACAAAUUUGCAGUGAUUUUAUUUUUCCCUUACCAUACCUUCAGGGGACCUUGAAUAUUUUUCUAUACUUACCAUGCAAACAAAACUGACAGCUUAGUUGAUUGUACUAUAGAAAACCGUAAGUUAAAAUUUUUGUGCCUUAAAUAAACCGUUAGACGUUUUGGAAAGCACGCUCAUUCUCUUUUCCUUCCGAGAGUUGGGUGAGAGGAUUGAAAUAACUCUCUUACCGGUCCCAUUAAAUGUAAGGCUACGGCCAGCAGCUGUUUAGCUUAGCUUAGCUUAGCCUAGCGUAAAGACUGGAAGCGUGGGGGAAACCAGCUAGCACGCCCUCGGUCCAGAGCUAACAAAAUCCACCUACCAGCACCUCUCAAGCUCACAGUCUAACACGUUACCUUUGGUUUGUUCAAUCUGUGCAAAAUCCGAAGCGUAAAAAAACGGCAGUCCUGUCUUUUACGGGGUUGGGGGGGGGUUUACCCGGGGCAAACUGUUUGGCUGUUUGAGUCCUGGCACCGAACCGCCACGUAAAGCACCCCGUACUUGUUCUUAGAGCCUGUUCCAUCCGUACAAAGACCCUAACGACACGUAACGUGUUAAUUACCGGACUUCACAAGUGCCGGGAGGCAGAUUUUUUUUUUUUUUACCCUGGGACAGAGCCCGGCUAGCUGUUUCCCUCUACCUCCCGUCGUUAUGCCAAACUAAGCCAACGGGCCACCGGCUAAAGCUUCAACACGCGUGGGAUCGAUCCUCUCAUCUAACGCCCGGCAAGAAGGCCAGCGAGCAUGUUUUCCAAAAGUGUGUAACUACUUCUUUCAGAACUCUUUUUUUUUUUUACAUUUUACUUGUAAAUAUUUUAGAUUUUUCUGUUGCUAGGAGACACUAUCACCACCAUUUAGUAAAUUAUGAAUGAAGUCUUGUGCCUGGCCGCGUUUAUUAGAGAAGCUCUCAGGGAGAUGAUUUUAGAUAAGCUUUUUCUACUCAACAAUUUUGUGACAAAUAGUUCAGUUCCAUGAUACAUUUCUCAACUGAAGUGUCAUACGUGAGAUCCGAGAAGGAGUCAAAGUGAAUGUUUAGAGCUCUUUUUUUUUUUCUUUUUUUGCCUUGAAAGUGCACAUUUCUGUUCUGAAAAACAAUAAAUGGCUGAAGUGUAAAGAG